CUUCACGCUGACUUCCGCGUAGGUUAGGCUCUCGACGUCUAGCUUCCGCGAAGUUGGAUCUUUUCUAGCAAAAAUGAUUGAGAAGGAAGAAAUCAACGAAAGUCCAAGUGCGAACUCAACCGAGUUGGAAUUUGCAACUCUCGAGAAACAGCAGGCCCGCGCGUUUUUGCGCGAACGCUUUCUGCGUGUCAUUACUGGCAUUGUUGGUAAAAAAGCAGAAUUUUAUUUACAUGAAAAUACACGGGUAUUGGGUGAAUUCAGGGGUUGUGAUGUGGAAAGUUCCGAAUUUUUCGUGAAGAAUUUGGAAACGCCAAUGGGAAAGAUACCGGAAGCCAUUCUCAGAAACAGUGACAUCAUUCACUUGGACAUUGGUGACAUCGAUAUUACCCAAUAAGAGACAAAAGUAUAUUCAGGAGCAGACCAAAGGAUAUUGAAAUCGGUUGAGGCACGUGAACUUGACAUCAUCAAGCUCAAAACUCAAAACUCUGCUUAAAUAAAACGAGAAUAAACGGUUUUCGAAGCAGAUGGUCACGGAAGAUGGAAAGCGAAUUGUCAACGCAACGUCGAACGCAAAAGACCUCGACUUCCUCAUCCGACAAGUUCUGAUAGGAUGGAAUCUCUCUGACUGACUCAAAGGUGAUAAGUAGUCCAAAAAAUGACACAUGUACAUACCGAUAUUUAAUAUUUAUUUUAAUUUUGAAAAUUUGAA